GUUAACUUCGGAAGUUUCUGGGAUAGCCCUGUUUACCGACUUCGGCAGCUCGUCGACCGACUUUUCGCAGACAUCGUUGAGAUUACACAGAACCUCAUCGAUCGAAGUUCAUCCGUGCAUGCGAUGGAAAUGCUGGAGGGGCAACAUAUUGUACGUAGUGACCACGAGGUUCUAGGGAAGAUGGAGAAAGGUUCGGGAACCCGGUCGUCGGGCACGUAUGCGAGGCAAUGUUGAGUACAUUGAUUGGUCUGAAGAGCUACGUUCGUGUACAUCAUUUGGCUGCAUGUGUACUGUAUUACUACGGUACCCCUCGCCGAGGGGUUUCUCGCUUAGGAAGUGUCACCGUUUACUGAUACUCGUCGACUUGACCCGGCACAUUCACCAUGGGUGGACCAAAUCUUGAAGUCUUCAAGUUCGGUUUGUAUCUUUUUGUGCCUGUGAUGGCUCUGUUGCACUUUGGCGAUCCGCAGUGGUAUCAUAGUCACGUUCUCCCGUAUAAAGAACAGCUAUUCCCCCGUGGAGAUAAAACACAUAUGCAACUCCCGACUGACCAGGCUACCGUGAAAGCUGAGUUGAUACGGAUAAAAGCCGAAAAGCUCGCCAGAAAACAGGAGCGAGAAAAGGCCGCUCAGGAACAUCAAGCACCUCAGCCAGAUGUGUCUAGUCAGGCUUCACGAGGGUGGUUCAGGUCGUGGUGGUGAAUAAAGACGCGAGGCCCUGCAUGCCGCCAACACGCCCAUCGUUGUAUGACAUUGACACCUCCGAACGUUGCCUUAUUUGUUGACGUGGAAUUCAGUUCCGUUGCAAAUGAUGCGCCAGGUGUCCUCGUGGGCAGCGGCUUCCUUCAAAAUGCCGGUGUAGCUAGCUGCU